CGCAUGCGCAAAAGGACGAGCCCGCUGACAGAUUCGCGGCGGCGGCGGCAGCGGUGGCCCUGGCCCUGGACUGCGGGGAAUGGGAGUCCUAGGUCUCUGAGCGCCGCCCCCGCCUCCCUGCCCCCGACAUGGCUCAGGAGAAGAUGGAGCUAGACCUGGAGUUGCCUCCGGGUACUGGCGGGAGCCCGGCGGAGGGCGGCGGCAGUGGCGCCGGCGGGGGCCUCAGGAGGUCUAACAGCGCCCCCCUGAUCCACGGCCUCAGUGACACUUCACCGGUGUUCCAGGCCGAGGCGCCGAGCGCCAGGCGGAACAGCACAACGUUCCCGAACCGCCACGGCCUGCUGCUGCCGGCCUCCCCCGUCCGCAUGCACAGCAGCCGCUUGCACCAAAUCAAACAGGAGGAGGGCAUGGACUUGAUCAACCGAGAGACCGUCCACGAGCGCGAGGUGCAGAACGCAAUGCAGAUAAGCCACUCCUGGGAGGAAAGUUUCAGCCUGAGUGACAACGAUGUGGAGAAGUCCGCCUCCCCAAAGCGCAUCGAUUUCAUUCCGGUGUCACCAGCACCGUCACCCACCCGGGGGAUUGGGAAGCAGUGUUUUUCACCAUCCUUGCAAAGUUUUGUGAGUAGCAAUGGAUUGCCUCCAAGUCCUAUUCCCAGCCCAACGACUCGAUUUACUACCCGGAGAAGCCAGAGUCCCAUCAAUUGCAUUAGACCAAGUGUUCUUGGACCAUUGAAAAGAAAAUGUGAAAUGGAAACUGAGUAUCAGCCAAAGAGAUUUUUCCAGGGCAUCACCAACAUGCUUUCUUCUGACGUUGCCCAGCUGUCAGAUCCUGGUGUGUGUGUAUCGUCUGAUACCCUUGAUGGAAACAGCAGCAGCGCCGGAUCUUCUUGUAACUCACCAGCGAAAGUCAGCACUACCACCGACUCUCCUGUGUCGCCUGCCCAAGCGGCCUCUCCAUUUAUUCCAGUAGAUGAACUUUCAUCUAAGUGAUUCACUCACCCAUCCCGAGACUCGUUUUUUGUUUUGUUGUUUUUGUUUUGCAAUGGAGAGAAAAAUCAAGUUGGAGCAAGCACUGAACUUUGUCAAUUAAUUGAGGCUAUUUCCUAUUUGACCCUUUUCCUUUUUUUGGAAUUUCCUGAAAUGUUGUUACUCUAGAGAACUUUUAUGUCAGGUUCCUGCGGAUGCCCUUGAAUUCAGUGUAGUAAUAUUUUCAGGCGUUUUCCAAUAAGUGUGUUGAAGCAUACGUCUUUAUGCUGCUAAUAUGUUUAAAUACAUAUGUUAUCCCUUGAUUUUUUAAAAUAAUUGAGAGCUCUAUUUAUUUAUGGGAUUAUUAAGUUCUGAUGCAAAUAUAAAUGUUGAAUUAAUCAGCAUAGUAAACUGAUGUUUUAAAAGUCCGUAUUUCAUGCCCACACUAGUUUUUAAUGUUAUUUUUCAGUGAUUGCUAAUUUCUAUUGAUGAAGAAUAACUUAGCUGUUUACAGCAAUUUUAAAAAAUAUGUUAGUUAUAACGUAUCAAUCCAGUGGUUGUCUAUUUUAUCCAGGAACCCUUGGAUAUUUAAUUUUCUGGGUACACAAGUGGCUGGGAGGGGGAAUGAUAAAAGAACAAAAUAUAAAAGUUUGCAACGAAUCUUUUUAAAUUAACUAUAUAAAAGUAAACACUUAAACGCAUUUUCUAAUGAAAUUUUAAUAGUAAUUCUGAUAAGUCAUGCAAAUAUAACCAUAGGAAAGUUUAAAAAAAAAUUUUUUUUUAAACCAGAAAGUGCAUUCUCUUGGGUAUAAUCCUGAAGGGAAAUGGGACAGUGCCUUGCAGUCUUAGCCCACUGUACAUAGGCUGAGACCAGGUUCUUUGUACCACUGCAAACUUAAAAGUUUUUCAAAUGUAGAAAAUGUGGGAAGCCCUGUUGAACUUCCCCAGAGCACCCAGGCAGAUAAAAGUCUCUCAAUCCUUGAUAUGCUUUAAAAUAUCCAAUUGUGCCUCAGUGAAAAUCCUUGCCAACAAGGAGCCAAAGCAGCUUCUGGCUGCUUUUCUGUUCUGCCCAUCUGUCACCUUCCUGGUUUUCCCUGGCUCAGGAAGGAAGCAGCUGUUUCCUUGCCAACAGGUCCUUCCUCUCCACCUCCCACCAAACUAGGGCACCGUCGGUUAGACAGAGGUACAGUGUGACUUGAAUUUCUGACAGUGAGCAACAACAGAACUGUGGAAUUGUUGCAGGAACCUGUGUAGUUAGAGCUACAGCUGGAGUUGACUGCCUUGGGGAUGCCAGUUGAUUAAGGGUCAGUGACUUGCAAGAGAAAAAUCAGUGGAGAGUCACAUAGGUAAACCAUUACUUAAUUUAGGUUUUGUUAAAGGUAGAAUUGUGAAAUGUUCUUUUCUUUGCCUUUUACAACUAAGACAAAAUAUGGAAAUAUUUAAUAACAAAUGUUUUUAUAUUAUACUUCCUGUAUCUUCCUUUACUAGAUAGAUAGAAAGAAUGGCUGACAAAAAGGGAAGGGGAAGAAAUAAAAGAGACCAAGACAAAAAGCUCUGGCUUUCUAAAUUACCGCUUACAGAGACUUCAAUGAUUAUGUGGAAUUUUUGCAACUAUGAGAAUAAAUGGAACUGGUCAACUUUUGAAA